AUGGAAGCGAAUCAUUCGCCGGAAAUCGAAACGACGAGGACAACUGACGAAUUCAAGACUUGCCCUUCAAACCAUCAAAUGUCAUACUUUUGUCAGACAUCACGAGCUAGAAAAACGAUUCGAAAGUGUAGAACUGACCAGGAUUGCAUGUUUUCUAAUGUUCAAAAAUGUUGUGAUGCGGGUGAGAGAUUGAACAAAUAG